AUGAGUAGCACAAGUUUACUCACCACCGUUAUCGGCUGGACUGUUGUCCUCGGGGCAGCAGGAUACUACUACGUUAACAACAAAUCUAAGGUCAAGGCUAAAGCUCAAACUGCCGUCAAGCAAGCCAGCAAGGUUGUUGAAGAGCGCAAGGAACCAAAGUCCAAGAAAUCCAAGAAGGAUGGCUUGAGCAGUGGUGAACAAGAUAAAAAGUCUUCUGCCAAAGCUGAGAAGAAGAAAACUCCCGCUCCUCAAAAACCCGAACCCAAACAAGAAACUGUUAAGCCGGUCGCCAAUGAUUCCGAUGAUGAUAAUAACGAUGCGGAGAACAACCGUAAAUUCGCUCUUCAAUUCGCCAAAACUCAAGCUGGUACUCAAUUCUCUGGUAACUCCUCUACAUCUACAAAUCGUCAAAAGUCUGUCAAACAAUCUCGUGCACAAGAAAAGGAGAUUAAGGACUCUGGAAACAUGACCGCUGGCGAUGCUGAUGAUGAUCAAUCCUUGACUGAUUCUCCUGAAGUUGGCCCAACCAAGGGUACUUCUACUGUCGCAAGUGGUAUCGCCGAUAUGCUUGAACCUGCCGCUCCUGGUCCAUCCGUCUUGAAAGUUACUGAACCUACCAACCCUAAGCCAGCCAAGAAAGAGAAGGCCAAGGCCGCUCCUCAACCUGCCGAAACCAAGAAGCAAAGACAAAACCGCGCCAAGAUUGAAGCUGCCAAGGUUGCGAGAGAGCAAGAGGAAAAGGAACGCAAGGUCAAGGAAGAGAAGCAACGUCGUACCGCCAGAGAAGCUGAAGGUAGAGCUGCUAAGGAUGGUAGUCAAUUCAUGGCCUCCCAAGCUGCUAACUCUGCUUGGACUGCCUCCUCUUCCAACACAUCCAACGCUCCCGUCAACAAAUUCGAUUUACUCGACACCGCCGAAAACAAGACAGAUGAGAAGGUCAAGGUGUUGUUUCCAGCUGAAAACUUCUCUGAGAGCGAGAUUACUGGUACUCAAUGGCAAGGAUAUGGUGACGACGAUGAGCGUGUCAAGACCAUCAUUGAAGAUUCUCGCGAAUGGGAGCAAGUUUCAAGUAAGAAGAAGAAGGCGAAGAAGGAUAAGAAGGAGGUUGUUGGUGCAGAGGGAGCUGGAACCACUAGUUCGACUGAUGAAAAAGAGUACACCAUUCCACCAAAGACUGAAAGAAGUGCUCCAGGACAAAAGUGGACAUCAGACCUCACUUAUGUCGACAGUGAUUAUAAUGUUCAUGACGUUCAAAAAGACCUUCAGGACUCUGAAUGGGUUGUUUCAUAA